AUGGAGAAGGAUGAUCACUUUUCCUCGGAGAAGCUCGACGUACUCGAUGCCGGGAUGAAUUUGAAAGAGCAUGCUCAGCUUGAAGCUCACGACAAGCUGCGGAAUCCUCUUAUGGGACUCAGUAAGGAGGAGCUGUUUGCCGACGUGGAAACAUUUGCCAGAGACCAUCAGCUGGAGCCCAUCUUAGAGGAUCUGCAAAAGGGUGCUCUGGUGGCCAGAGAUCCCAAAUCUUUCGAAUCACUCGAAGAGCUUUCCGAAAGUGAGAAAGAGCUAUUCCGGCGAGAGACCACUCAUCGCUAUCACCAACCAGCUAUGCUGUUCUUCAUGACAGGUCUGUGUGCUGGGUCUGCGAUUGUCCAAGGAAUGGACCAAACUGCCGUCAACGGUGCCCAAGAGUACUACUUCGCUGAAUUUGGGGUCACAGACCGUUCUCUCCAGGGCUUUCUCAACGGAGCACCCUAUCUUUGCUCUGCUUUGGUUGGUUCGUGGACAACUGCGCCCCUGAAUCGCUGGUUUGGACGACGAGGUUGCAUCUUUAUAUCGUGCCUGAUUUCCUUCGCCGCCUCGUUUUGGAUGGCAGCUGCCCACACUUGGUGGAACCUUCUUCUGGGUCGCUUUUUGCUCGGUUUCGCAGUUGGUGCUAAAUCUACAACGACUCCUGUCUAUGGGGCCGAAUGCUCUCCAGCCAACAUACGCGGGUCGCUGGUGAUGAUGUGGCAAAUGUGGACGGCAUUCGGAAUCAUGCUUGGGUUCAUUGCCUCAGUGGCAUUCAUGGAUGUCAAACAUGCGACUAUCCCGGGGUUAAACUGGCGCUUGAUGCUUGGGUCUACGGCAAUCCCACCUAUGAUUGUUUGUAUUAUGGUUUACUUCUGCCCCGAGUCGCCUCGCUGGUACAUGACUCGAGGCAACUAUCAGAAAGCGUACAACGCCCUUUGUCGGCUACGAUCCACUCCACUCCAGGCAGCUAGGGACCUUUACUACAUCCACUCUGCCCUGACUUCAGAAGAGAAGCUUCGUGAAGGAAAGAAUUUGUUGCGUGAGCUGUUCACCGUGCCCCGCAAUCGCCGCGGCCUUCAGUCAGCAUUCUUUGUGAUGUUUAUGCAACAGUUCUGCGGUGUAAAUGCGAUUAUGUAUUACUCUUCCUCAAUGUUUCGCAAUGCGGGCUUCGAUCUCCGCACGGCGUUGAUUACUUCGCUCGGCUGUGGUAUCACGAACUGGCUAUUUGCAAUCCCGGCUGUCUACACUAUUGAUACCUUCGGGCGACGCAAUCUCUUGCUUGUCACGUUCCCACUUAUGGCAUUAUUCCAUCUUUUGACAGGCUUUUCUUUCUGGAUUGAAAAUAACGUGGCCAAAACCGCCUGCGUGGCAACGUUCAUCUACCUCUUCAUGAUCGUAUACUCUCCUGGAGCGGGCCCGGUACCCUUUACCUACUCGGCAGAAGCAUUUCCGCUGUAUGUCCGUGAUAUCGGCAUGUCAUUUGCAACCGCAACAACGUGGCUUUUCAACUUCAUCAUUUCUUUCACGUGGCCUGAAAUCAAUGAGAAAUUUACCCCUCAGGGGGGAUUUGCCUACUACGCGGCAUGGAACGUGUUCGGAUGGAUCGUUUGCUACUUCUGCCUGCCGGAGACAAAAGCUCUCUCACUAGAGGAGCUUGAUCAAGUCUUCUCUAUCCCAACUCGCCGCCAUGCCAGCCAUUACUGGGCAAUGCUUCCUUGGUACUUGAGGAAAUAUUUCCUACGUCAGGACGUUGGGCCCCAACGACAGCUUUAUGACUACGAGUAA